UUUAGUUGAGGUGGAGUGUAGUAUGUUAAUUUGUUCCUUCAUGCAACGAUGUAACUCAUUAAAAUAUUUUAUCUCAAUAUUUCUUCCUCAUAUCAAGUUACUGUAGACCGCUUUUAUUGCAGCCCUAUCUUCUACAUAAUACUUAUUUGUAGAGACAGAGCUACAUUCUGAAUCACAGACAUUUGAUACAGAAGAGAUGGUGGCAGCUGCAGUCGUCUUUCUUACCAUGGCAAUACUCUCAGGAUAUUGUGCUGGUCUAGGAGUGCUUCCACCUGGACCCGUGAAUGGAACAUUGGGAGGAAAUGUGAUUUUCAAAACCACCAUCAAUCCAACCACACUUAUUUUCAUUGCCUGGACCUUUGGUGCUCCCCCUGUUUCCAUUGUUAACUUUGCCAGCUCUGAUGGUACUUUGACUGGAGAGGGAUAUGUUGGUAGGAUCAGUCUGGACAAUAGCACUGGAUCUCUGGAGCUCAGGAAACUGACCCUGAAUGACAGUGGAACAUUCAGAGUGAGCCUAAGAAAGGCUGGUGUUAUCAAUCUGGGAUCUACGUCACUGAAUGUUUAUGAACCAAUAUCUGGUGCUACCAUAACAACUUCCCCAAAUCCUCCAAUCAUCGAGGGGAAUUCUGUCACCUUAACAUGUGAUGCUUCUGGCUCCAUCAUCAGCAGAGAGUGGAUGAUGGUUGGUCAGCCUCUGUAUUCUGGUGACAAUAUCAUCUUCUCUGAGAAUAACAGAGUGCUGUUUAUAAACUCUGCGAAUAGAACAGACAGUGGAGAAUACCUGUGUGGAGUCAGCAACCCUGUCAGCUCUAAAAAUGCCAGUGACACUGUGAAUGUAAUCUAUGGACCUGAUGGUAUGGAAAUCAAGGGUCCAACUGAAAUAGAAGUAGGACAGAAGUUUACAUUGACCUGCUCUGCUGACUCCAACCCACCUGCCAACUACACCUGGAUGCUCAAUGGAACAGAGAUACCUGGACAUUCACCUGAGUUCCCUAAAGAGAAGAGUGAAUACUCUGACAGUGGGGAUUACACCUGUACAGCAACAAAUGAUGUCACUAGAAUCAAAACAUCUGAGGUUCAUAAACUGUCAGUAAAAGUGGAGGGCUCUUUAUCACCAGAUGGACUGUCUUCUGGUGCCAUCGCUGGGAUUGUGUUUGGAGGGUUGCUGGUUGUGGGAGUGGCAGUUGGUGUUUCAGUCUUCUUCCUCAGGAAAAACGGAACCAAUGCUGACCCAGUCCAUCAAGGAGGCUCUCAGCAACAUGUAUAUGCGAACCCAUCACCUGUGUAUGAGAACACAAGACAAAAUCAAUCUCCACCUUUACCCCUGACAGACUCCAAGAAUAUCUAUGAUACUAGGAUAAUGGUAAGUUUUAUGUUAGACCACAAGGUACCAUGUGACUGCAAUACUGUAAAAAAUGUAUUUAUGUGUUGUUUGUAAGGUCUUCAUGCUGUGUCACUGCUGAUAAAUGGAAGUUAAUGUUCCUUUCUUUUCUCCCUCACCAAUCUAACAGUAAAGGCUCUGUCGUAGACGGCCGCGACCGGGAGACGCAUGGGGCGGUGCACAAUUGGCCCAGCGUCGUCCAGGGUAGG